AUGACAGACUCGUGGGCGAUUGAAUUGCGAUGGAAAACAGAUAGGCCAAUAUGGGUAGAACAGUGGCCCCUCUCCCUCCCGAAACUGACGGCGUUGGACUCCAUCAUUCAAGAUUUGUUGGCGGAUGGUCGCCUUGAACCGUCCUUGUCUCCAUGGAACUCUCCCAUCUUUGUAAUCCAGAAGAAGGACAAAUCAAAGUAUCGGAUGCUGCAUGACCUGAGGCAGGUGAACAACUGUAUAGAAGAUUUUGGUGCACUGCAGCCAGGGUUACCAUGGCCUGGCUCAAUACCCAAAGAUUGGCCAGUGGUUGCCCUGGAUAUAAAAGACUGUUUCUUUUCAAUACCACUCGCCGAGCGAGAUCGUGAAAGAUUUGCUUUCACUGUGCCGUCGCCAAAUUUGCAAGAGCCCGCACGUCGUUAUCAGUGGAAAGUGCUUCCGCAAGGAAUGAAGAAUUCACCCACCAUUUGCCAGCUGGUGGUUGCUCAAGUGCUUGCUCCUGUGCGACUUCAAUAUUCCAGUGCAAUUAUUAUCCACUAUAUGGAUGAUCUCCUGCUCUCUAUGGCCACGGAGGAGGAAUUGGCAGAACUUGAAUCAGCGGUGAUUAAACAGUGUGAAAAGACAGGUCUCUAUAUUAACAACGAGAAGUCACAGCGCGGCUCCAGCAUUCUAUACCUAGGAUGGCGAUUACAGCCUCAAUCUAUUGUGCCUCGCUCCGUGGAACUGCCCACAGAGGUGCACACGGUGAAUGAUCUGCAACGCCUUUUAGGGUGUAUCCAGUGGCUAAAACCGAUGUUGUCAAUCCGUCCUGAGCAAUUGAACCCAUUAUUUGAUUUGCUAAAAGGCAAGAUGGAGGCCCUGGAGCCGUGUGAACUCACGCCUGAAGCUCGUAGCAGCCUAUAUCAAAUUGAAGAGGAACUGAAUAAGAGCAGUGUGCACCGAUGGGACCCGAAGAAGCCGAUUUGCCUAGUGGUCACCGAUACUGCCGCAGGUGGCAUAGGCGUUCUUGCCCAACGGUCUGAUCCGGGAUUGGCCCCGCUCUUUUGGUUGAGCUCAACUCGAUUAAAUAGAGCAUGGACUUCCCGACUUCGAGUUAUCAUUCUGCUGAUUUUGCAAGGACGACGAACAUGUGAACGGAUAUGGGGACAGCUUCCAGACGAAAUCCUUGUCCCAUAUACCAAGCAAGAAUGGUCCCUGUUGGCUGAGUCUGAUGACUAUCUGCUUGCGUCUCUUCAGUCUUUGACGCAUAUUAUCAAACCUGUUGCUACUCUUGAGUUUUGGCCUGCCCUACGUUCUUUGCGGCCGAAAGGCCCACAGAUUUCUAAGGUUCCUGUUCAAGGGCCAACUAUCUUCACUGAUGCUUCGUCUCUCACACACCGCGCCGUGGCGGUGUGGCAGUCCGAGGGCGGCUGGAAGAAGGUCCAGAAAACGGUUCCAGACGCCUCUGUUCAGCAGCUGGAAGCUGAGGCAGUAUCACUUGGUUGCCGCGCUCUUCCUGACUCCCCCGUCAACAUAGUAACUGACUCCGCUUAUGUGGCAGCACUUGUAGAACGUAUGGCUUCCCCUGGCUGGCCAGGCACCAAGAUAGCUCUUUUGCUAUACCAAGCCUUAAUGGAGAGAACAACACCAUUGUUUAUCGCCCAUGUGCGUGCACAUCAGAAAAUUACAGGGGGAUAUUUUGAGGGCAAUCAGCAAGCAGACCUAGCCGCUCAAGAAGUCUUGACGGUGCAGGAGGCAGAGAACCUGCAUCAGCAUUUGCAUAUUGGCCCGCACGCUUUGGCUCAAGAAUGUAAUAUCCCGCUGGCUCGCGCUAAAGAGGUUGUUAGCAUGUGCCCUUAUUGUCAGAAGACGCCCUUGUGGCUUGCCGGAGUUAACCCGCGUGGUUUGCAGGCAAAUGAACUAUGGCAGACUGACUUUACCUUGUAUGACCAAUUUCGGCCUGUGCCGUGGUUAGCAGUGACAAUAGAUACCUUCAGUGGCUGUAUUAUGGCAACGCAGCAUGCUGGUACUAAAGCUCGACAUGCCAUUCAACAUUGGUCAACUGUCAUAGCCUUUCUAGGCCGGCCGCAGCGGAUUAAGACAGAUAAUGGUGCCGCAUUUACAUCAAACAGAACGCAGGAGUGGUGUCGGCGCUGGAAUAUUCAACUGUCCCACGGCCUCCCCUACAACUCGCAAGGCCAAGCCCUUGUGGAGCGAGCUCACCGCUCUCUCAAAGCUCGUUUAACAGUGCUUGGGGAGGGGGAAGGUUGGAGUGGGAGGGUACCACGAGAACACCAGCAAACCCUCUUAAUGAGAGCACUUUAUGCCCUCAAUUUUUUUGCCCGUUCUGCCCCUUCUGGGUCACCCAUUGCUCGUCAUUGGGGGUCCCUCAGCUUGCCAGUGGGUCCGCCCGUGAGAGUGAAAGAUCUCUCCUCAGGGUUAUGGCAAGAUGGUUGGCGACUUGUCACAAUCGGCCGUGGCUAUGCUGCGGUCAUGUCAGAGGACGGGCACACUCGAUGGGUGCCUUCUCGAUGCAUAAAAGUUUGCUUGUGA